AUGUCAGAGGAGCUAGAGACAACGGCCAAUGGAAUUGAUGGAGGGACGAAGCUCGAGCAAAAUUCGGAGCCUGAACCAGCAAUUGAGAAGGAAGAACUUGAAGAUUUAUUUGGAGAAGGCAGUGACCAGGAAAAUGGGGGCGAGGGUCAAAGCGACGGAAGUCAGGACGAGGAAGAGAUUACUAGGAAGCACAGGGUAGAUUUUUCGGGCGAUGAAGAAGAUGAAGAUGACGAACAAGCAAUGUACACUCGAAAAUUUUAUGGUGACAACGCCGGAGAAGAUGGAUACGACGAAGAUUCGCAAAAAGAGUUUAAAGAAGCGAAUAUUGAGAUAUCAAAGCAUGUCGUUCCAUACAGAACGGUGGCAUCCACAGAAGAAAAAGAGGUAGUCUACUACGCCAGGGUUCCCGAAUUUUUGACGAUUGACCCAAUACCAUUUGACCCACCUGCGUUCAAAGACGGGAUGGAAAAGCGAUCAAAAGAGUUUACGUCUCAAGAGGACCAAGUAGGCGACAGAUUGAUCGAGGAGAACACGAUUAGGUGGAGGUACUCGCGAGACGCCAGCCAGCACGUGUUUAAGGAAUCGAAUGCACAGAUUAUCGAAUGGUCGGAUGGUACUUUUUCGUUACGCUUGGGAGACGAAUUCACAGACGUUCUAGUCAAUGGCAUAGACAACACGUAUUUGGCUGUCUCGCACGACCAGCAGGAACUCAUUCAAUCCGUUGAGGGUGGCGAUAUAAGCAAGACGAUGAUUUUCAUCCCCACUUCGACCAACUCGAAGAUUCACAAGCAUUUGAGUAAAGCAGUCGCGAGGAGGGAACAGAGGGAGCAUCAGGGCCCCAAUACGUACAUUGCGCGCGUUGACCCUGAGUUGGAACAGAAGGAGCUUGAAAAGAAGCAAGGCCAAAUUGUUAGAGAAAGAAGGAAACGGCAACACCGAGAACAAAUGGAAAAGGAAAACCUGGACUCCCCUGGUCCCACUGCUCUGCGUAAGUCUCAGUCGAUACUUCAUGGCCACGGCCGCGUCGACGAGUACGAAGACGAUGGUUUCAUGGUAGACGAUGAGGACGAGGAAGACUUUGUCGACGAGGACGAAGCGGGAGAAGACGACCUCGAAGAGGAAGAUGAUCAAGACGAUUUGAACGCAGAAAGGUUGAGACAGGUUAAGCGUGCGGGCGCGGCAGCCUAUGAAGAUAAUGACGAUGAAAACGACGAUCGUGAAGAGAGUGAAUCAACAUCCAAAGAGACCGUUUUGAAAAGGCGUAAAAUCGCAGUAGCUGAUGAUGAUGACGAAUGA